UUUUAAAUUUCUGCGCCAUUUACUUAUUUUAUUAAUAAAAAAUAAAAAAAUGGGUACUUCAGAAGAGGACGAAAAUUCUUCGAAUGCCAGUGAUGAAGAGCAGGAAAUUGACGAGGAAAAUUCCGGCGAUGAAGUUGAAGAAAACGAUGAAGAUGAAGAAGAUACUGCAAGCACAGGAAAUGAUGUAGCAGCAGAGAAUGUCGAAAGUUCUGUAACAUGGAAAGACCUCGGUUUAACGGAGGCGUUAUGCCAGGCAUGUGAAGAAUUGAAAUGGAAAGCUCCAUCAAAGAUACAAAAGGAGGCUAUACCAGUAGCAUUGCAAGGAAAAGACAUUAUUGGCUUGGCCGAAACAGGUUCCGGCAAGACAGGUGCUUUUGCUUUACCAAUAUUGCAUGCUUUGCUGGAGAAUCCCCAGAGAUAUUUCGCGCUGAUUCUUACUCCCACACGAGAAUUGGCUUUUCAGAUAUCGGAACAGUUUGAAGCACUAGGUAGUUCGAUCGGCGUGAAAUGUUGCGUUGUCGUUGGUGGUAUGGAUAUGGUUUCCCAAGCGCUACAGCUGGCUAAGAAACCCCACAUUAUUAUUGCUACUCCCGGUCGUUUAGUUGAUCACCUUGAAAACAUGAAAGGUUUCAAUCUUAAAGCUAUAAAGUAUUUGGUAAUGGAUGAAGCAGAUCGCAUUUUAAACAUGGAUUUUGAGGUGGAACUGGAUAAAAUUUUGAAAGUCUUACCACGCGAACGUCGAACGUUUUUAUUCAGUGCAACUAUGACAAAAAAAGUAAAGAAAUUGCAACGUGCUUCGUUAAAAGAUCCUGUAAAGGUGGAAGUUUCUAACAAAUAUCAAACAGUUGAGCAACUCCAACAAUACUACGUUUUUAUUCCCGUUAAAUAUAAAGAUGUUUAUUUGGUACACAUAAUCAAUGAAUUGGCUGGAAAUAGCUUUAUGAUAUUUUGUAGCACCUGUGCAAAUACUGUUCGCACAGCAUUAAUGCUGCGUGCUUUGGGCUUAGCUGCCAUACCUCUACACGGUCAAAUGUCUCAGAAUAAACGUUUAGCCGCAUUAAAUAAGUUUAAAGCGAAAAAUCGCUCAAUACUCAUUUCUACAGACGUAGCAUCACGUGGUCUGGAUAUACCUCACGUUGAUGUAGUGUUAAACUUUGACAUACCAACGCAUAGUAAAGAUUAUAUUCACCGUGUUGGUCGUACGGCUCGUGCGGGUCGAUCUGGCAAAGCUGUUACGUUUGUUACACAAUACGAUGUGGAAUUAUACCAACGAAUCGAACAUCUACUUGGCAAACAGUUGCCAUUAUAUCCUUGCGAAGAGGAUGAAGUUAUGGCACUGCAGGAAAGAGUGAGCGAAGCCCAACGCACUGCAAAGUUAGAGCUUAAAGACUUGGAGGAUAAUAAGGGUAGUAAAAAGGGGAAAUUUAAGAAAGCUGGAGAUGAUUAUGAUGAUUCCGAAAAUUUUUCCGGUGCUCGGAAGCGUAUGAAACCUCAGGGUGGCCCUGGGGGCAAGAAAAAUUGGAAAAAGGCGAAAAGGAAGUAAUCCUAAAGAUCAUAGUUUAUAGUGUAAUUUUAUUUUAAGAUAAUUAUUACUUAAAAUUUUGAAAAUAAAUACUUUUAAGCAUA